UUCCUGUGUGAAGUGGCAUAAUAAGGUGAGCAACAUGGAGGUUAGGCGUAGAGUUCUAGGUAAACAGGGGAAUCAAUCGACGGAGUCGUGGAGCUACAUCGACUGAGAUGGUUAGGACAUGUGUUACGUAUGCCAAGCCAUCGCCUCCCUCGACGAGCAAUGUUAGCGGAUAUAGGGUCAGGCUGGAAAAAAGCUAGCGGCGGUCAAACAAAAACUUGGCACCAGUCAAUGAAAUCCACAACAAUUGGUCUAAGCCACGUAGAAAGGUGUAGACUUCCAGGCUGGGGUCCUCGGGACGGUAAAAAUCUAUGGUUGGAAACAAUUGGUGACAUGGCUCAAAACCGUUCUCAGUGGCUAGCGCAGAUGCAUCCACUCCCUGUGACUUAUGAUCUUCAAUGAAACUGUUUUGUAUUUCUUUAUUACUCCUUUGUCUCACACCUUUGCUCACUGUUUCUAUUAUGCUUUUCUUGUACUUU